UUAUUUUCGGUAUUUGUUAUGCACAAUGUGUACAGUUGUCAAUUAUAUUCUAUAUUGAUAAUCCGUAAUAGCUAUGUUAUUGAUACUGUUAAUAAAUUGGCUGAAGCCGCUGUACAAAAUCUAAUCAUACCAGUUGGUUUGGAUUCAAGUGUUUAUCAAAUGUUACACAAUUCUGGCAUUACUGCAUUCGAUUCGAUAGAUGAAAAAUCGAUAAAAGUGGCCAGACCAAGUGAUGGCAUCAAUUUAAUUACACAGACUAGCAACCGGAUGAAGAAAUCUUUUAUGAUAAAGAAACAAACACAUGCAUUUAUAGCCUCACGUAUUACACUUGAAUUUGCACAAUUGAAAUUUGGUGAAAAUUUGAUUUACGUUCCGCCAACAACGAUGGAAGCGGAUUUUUAUCCAUUAUUCAUAGUCAUACCGUUUGGAAAAGCAUUCGAUCAUCGAGAAGAAUUUAAUAUCAUGAUAUCUUAUCUUCGAUCUACUGGAAUUAUAAACUAUUGGAAAUCUAUAGAAUUCUCCAGAACCAAAUACAAAGUUUCGUAUCAAAAUGCUAUUAAUGAUGAAUCUAUAUCCGAAGAACAACUCAGUAUUGAACAUUAUCAGAGUUUAUUUUUUCUAUUGGAAAUUUUAAUAUUGGUUUCAACGAUUAUAUUUUGUCUGGAAUUGUUGAAAAAAAUAAUAAAUAAUAAACUGAUGACUGAUGUUCAGUGA